AUGAAUUUUGAAUACAACUUAAGUAUAUUGCUUCAUGGACAGCUUGAAGAUUGGGAUGACAAGGAAUACAUCCCUGAUCCCGAAGACAAGAAGCCUGAGGGUUAUGAUGACAUUCCAAAAGAAAUUCCAGAUCCUGAUGCUAAGAAGCCAAUACCAUCUGUUUCAUCAUGCAUAAAAGUUCAGGCAACAAAACUCAUCCUACGAAAAAAAGAUAAACUCACCGGUGGUGGAGAAGAGGAACAAAGCACCAGCAGAGGAACAAAUAACCAGCAGAGGAACAAAAAACCAGCACCAGCAGAGGAACAAAGAACCAGCACCAGCACUAGCAGAAGAACAAAGAACCAGCACCAGCAGAGGAUCAAAGAAGCAGCAGAGAACAAAAAACCAGCAAUGAGAGAAGAGAUGAGAGCAAAGAACCAAUUUGUGUGUGGCUAAAAAAGUAAAACAGCAGCUUAGAAGCACUUUUGGGUGUAUUCUUCAUUGCUUUUCACCCAAAAGCACUUUUGGGUGUAAAAGUGCUUCUCCACCGGGUUGAAGAACUAGCCCUUACUAAUCUUCUAUCCCAUUUUCUCUCUCUAUCUAUAAAAGAAGAAACAACAUUUUCAAUUUCCAUUUUUCCUUUGUUUGCUUUCUUCCUCUCUCUUUUCUCUCGCUAAGUACUCUCCUUUGCCUUCAAGUUAUCUUCUUUUCGGCCUCGCCUUUAUUCAAAAACCCUAACAUACGACCUAAUACCCCUCCCCCCCCCCCUUUUUAUUUUUUUGUAUUCAUCUCUUGUUUUGCAAAUUUCAGCUGGGUCUCCAAACUUCCUCUCCUCCUUCCUUUGCAGCUUGGGCUAGUGAAGGUGAAAUUUUUGGGAAUUUUUCUGGGUACAAUAUUUUGAGUAAUUUGAGGGUUUUAUUGUUUAAAGUUCGAGGUCUGGGUCUCAUGAGACUUGUUAGGGCAAUGCAGAGAUUGUUUCGCGAUGAGGUGAACGUGCUGGGCUGGAAGAAAUCCUUCAGCCAAGGGAUUGGCGUUACUGUGCCCAAGGCAAGAACUCGUGACAAACCUAUGAGUAGGGUUUUGAAUUUCUAAAUUUAAGGGGUUUUGAAGGGAAGA